AUGGUCAAGACAUAUCUUGCAAGGACCAUACCCAUUCUAGAGAAUGUUUUAUAUUUUCAGGACAAAAAUGACACCAGAGAAUGCAUGAAGCUACCUGACCACCUGGAAAAAUAUUACCUUACCACCAUGUACUCUCUUGAAUUCAUCUUUGGUUUCACUGUAAAUGUUGUUGUUGGUUUGGGUUCACUUUUCUACUGGAAGACCUGGAAAAGUAGCAACAUCUACCUGAUCAACUUAAUCCUGUCAGAUUUAUCUUUCCUUUGCACGCUCCCAUGGCUUGUGUCAAGUUAUUCCAAAGGAACAGAGGAGAACAUUUGGUGCCAAUUUAACAGAACUAUCCUAUUCUUUAAUUUGUACACAAGCAUCCUUUUCAUGACAUUUAUAAGUAUUGACAGGUAUCUGCUCAUGAAGUAUCCCUUCAAAAAUCACUUUCUGCAGAAGAGAGCCACGGCUAUUGUUUUCUCAGUAGCCAUAUGGAUCUGGAUUAUGUUGGAACUGGGUCCUAUAUACUACUUCAUCACCUCUCAGAAUAACAGCAACAGUAGCCAAUGUUUAGAUUACGCAAGUUCAGGAGAUGCACACUCCAGCCUGAUCUACAGCCUGAUCUUAACAGUCACUGGGUAUAUAAUCCCAUUGUGCAUUAUGUGGGUUUUCUACAUAAAGACUCGUGCUCUCCUUGUAAACCACAGUUUGCAGUUCGCCACCGCUCUGUCCCUUGAGAAGCCUCUUGUGCUAAUCAUUAUGGCAGUGAGUAUCUUCUCACUUCUCUUUUCUCCCUAUCACAUCAUGCGCAAUGUUAGAAUUGCCUCCCGAACAUGGUUCUGGGAGCCUUCCAAAUGCACAGAGAACCUGAUUAAAGCCCUUUACACAAUAACAAGACCUAUUGCCUUCUUGAACAGUGUAAUUAAUCCCUUCUUUUAUUUCUUAAUGGGGGAUCAAUUCAGGGAGACGCUCACGAUCAAUGUAAGGCAUUUCUUAAAAAGAGUUCUUCCUUGCUAUAAAUGA